UCGACAUCAUCACUAUCCUGCACCUGCUCUCCUCCUCCUAAAAAGAUUAACAUGAGGCAUGGUAAUGGAGGAGGAGAUUAACACGAGGCAUGGUAAUGGGGGAGGAGACAGUGAGUGAUGAUAAGUGCCGUAAAUCCCAGGCAGCCAUAAGAAGAAAAGCAACAUCACAACAACAACAAUUGAGAACAACAACAAUUGAGAAGCAUGGGAACUAUGAAAAAGCAAUUCAAGUUGUGAACCACUUCCUCUCUUCCUCCUCUAAUCCUUUUCAUGAUUUAGGAAUUGACCGAGAGCUAGCUUAUGCCUCAUUUUCGGGCCUCAUAUGCUUGGGUGACGUGCACUUUGGCCUCUCUCGCUAUGACGAUGCUAUGAGCUGCUACACCUCUGCAUCAGCCCUUCAGAGGCGAAUACUCGGGACUCCGACUCUCGCUCGGAGGUCGCACACACCUGCCGAUGCAUCGCAGAAUCCCAUUUGAUGCUGAUGCAGCUUGAUCAGGCCGAGCAACUCUGUCGAGAAGCCCUUGACAUGAUCAUCAAUGCUGGCGUGCAUGAACAAAAACAUCAACAAGAGCUAGUGACGACGAGGCAAUUGAUGGCCGUCAUUCAUAGAGUAAAGGAUGAGAAUGAAGCUGCCUUGCUUGGAGCAGCUCCUCCUUGUGGCCGCCUCCUUUGGUGCAUCAUCAUCAUCAUACAGUUGAUUCCUUGAAGGUGCACUUGUAGAUGGGAAGAUCGGAGACACAUACCUAGCACUGGGAAGGUCAGACCAAGCGGUGUCCGCAUACGAGAGAGCUCUCCAUGUCCUCAAAGAAGUCUACGGGGAAGGACACACAGAGGUGGCUUCCAUCGCCGUGAGCCUGGCGGAUGCUUACCUCAGAAGAGGCUCUCUCAAGGAGGCCAAAAUUCACUGCGAGAUCAUCUACUACACUAACAUCUUCAAGUUCAGGCGGCAACAAGAGUGGGAGCGCGAGAUGGUUGUGGUCGGAUUGAGCAGGGUGGCCUGUCUGUUAGAGGCCAUGGGAGAGGCUGCCCAUGCGAUGUCCGUGCUUCAGAAGGGUCAUGAACUGUUGCUGUUGGGAGAGGGAGGGGUAUGGUUAUAGGAGGCAUUGAGGCACAGAUACAGAUAGGGGUGUUGCUUCGGGUGAGGGGGGAUUACUCAUGCAAUGCUGAAGAGGGCCAUACUCUCAAUGCAUUCGAGGAGCAUAGCAGAGCAGAGCAUGCUUCACCAAAUUUGUGGCUUUUCCAACUCCCAUACUCUCCACGUUUCUACCAACCUUGCUGGACCUUACGACGCCAUGGGAAGGGAGACUCAUCUGAUCGGGGAACCGGUCCGGUUGGCGGUCCUGCAAGAUGGUUUUGAAUUGAAUGGCGAGGGGUGGCGCUGAGUCAGGAAUGCGGACGAAUGGGGAGGGUGAGCAGAUAAACAUGGGUGGGUGGCAUCUUUAUCAUAGAGGUAGAGAGAGAACCCCUUUGCUUAUUGCUCUAUCAUCCUUUUACUAAUCAAUCCAUCCAUCCAUCCAUCGGCGGAGGGUUUAGAGAGUAUGGGGGCUGUGAAAUCGGCAAUAGGAGAUGUGGUUAUCACCUUCCUAUGGGUUUUCUCUGCUUCAGCGAUUGGACCCCUCACCUCCAUCAUCACCUCUUCCUACCUUCCUCAUCUUCAGCUGGGGGAUUUCUUCACCUCUGUGAUCGUCACCACUCUCGUAUUGUUCAUCCUUCUUUUUAUUUUUACCUUGGUGGGCGAUGCCUUGGGAGGGGCCUCCUUCAAUCCCACUGCCCUCGCUUCUUUUUACGCUGCUGGUCUUGGCGAUGAUACCCUCCUCUCCAUGGCUCUGCGAUUCCCAGCUCAGGUUUUUGGAGCGAUUGGGGGCGCAUGGGCUAUAAGAGAGUUCAUGCCUGCAGCAUACAAGCACAUGGUGGAGGGCCCUUCCCUGCAGGUGGACCUGCGCAGUGGAUGCAUCGCAGAAGGAGUGUUGACAUUUCUCAUCACAUUUGUUGUGCUGCUGGUGGUGCUCAGAGGGCCCAAGAACUCUGUGUUGCAGACAUGGUUGCUUGCCAUGUCCACCGUGGUCCUUGUACUUGCUGGCUCCCCAUACACUGGCCCUUCCAUGAAUCCUGCCAACGCAUACGGAUGGGCCUACCUCAGCAACUCUCACAACACAUGGGAGCACUUUUAUGUGUACUGGAUUUGCCCCUUCAUUGGAGCAAUUUUGGCCGCUUGGGUAUUCCGAACAGUUGUAUCCGCUCCUCAGCCAACCAAGGAGAAGAAACCCUAAUUAGAUUUAUUUAUAGAAAAAAAUAAAAGAAAAAAUAAAUUUAGUGGACUCAUCCACCAUCGCAACAGUGUUCUUGUUUAACGGUAGUAUCUUUGACAGUUCGAGGAACAAAAGUAGAAGAAAAGGGUUCUAUGGAACACCUAAUUUAGAUUGUACCCAUCGUAAAAGAUUGAGGUAUAUGUGCAAAGAUAUACUUUGGAUGGGUAGAUGCAAAGAAGGGGGUUGAGCUCCAUUUCCCGUUUAUGGACUAACGUUGCUGAUUGGAACUUUAUAUGAAUGGGUAUUUCUGAAA